ACUAAACCAAGAAGCAAAAUGUGACAGCCCUUUAAAUCAGAAGGGGCACAUGGUGCCGAGGGACUGCUACUACUGCAACAGCUCAUCAUCUUCAGACGAAGAGGAGGCACAGGCCUGAAGAAGAAGAAGAAGAAAGACAAGACGGCGGCGACAAUGGGGUGCCGGUCCUGCGAGAAGCCCAAGAUGAACUACCGGAAGGGGCUGUGGUCUCCUGAGGAGGACCAGAGGCUCAGGGACUACAUCCUCAAGCAUGGCCUCGGCUGCUGGAGUGCUGUUCCUGCAAAGGCUGGUCUCCAGAGAAAUGGCAAGAGCUGUCGUCUGCGUUGGAUCAACUACUUGCGGCCCGGGUUGAAGCGCGGAAUGUUCUCUCAGGAGGAGGAAGACGUCGUCAUCAACCUCCAAGCCAAGCUGGGCAACAAGUGGUCUCAGAUUGCGAUGCAUCUGCCGGGAAGGACAGACAACGAGGUGAAGAACUACUGGAACUCGUACCUGAAGAAGAGGGUGAUGCAGGCCCAGGGCGCGUCGUCCAACUCCAGCCCCAAGAGCCCACCAGAGCUCACCUCCAUGAGCACCACCGAGCUGUCGUCCAUGUCCAUGCACCAGCACCACCACGUCAAGAACAGCAGCGGCGGUGGCGGCGGCGGCGGCAGCACCACAACGUCGCACGACCACGACGGCAACAUCAGCGGAAGCCACGCGCUGUCGGCCCCGGCGGCGGCGCCUCUCGCCCAGCAGCCGUUCGACCACCAGGCCAGGAGCUUCGUGUUCUCAGACUGGGCGCCGGCGGCGCCGGAGAGCUACUCGGUGUCCACGCACUGGCCCACCUCCACGGCGAGCUCCGGCAACGUGACGCCGUCGCACGGGCACGGCGGGGGCGCCUUCGGGGACCAGAUGAGCGGCACCUACGGCGCCGGCGCGCUGCCAACGCACCAGGAUCACCACCAGAGCGCUGCCGCCACCGCCGGCAUUGCAGGGAGCGGCUACUUUGACCUGCUCAAUAUGGGAGACAUCUACGGUGGAUUCAGCUCGACGAACGAUGAUCUGCUCUUCUAAAAGAGCUCUAAACUGAUGAUGAUGGUGGUGAUGAUGUCGGAGGUGUAAUGAAUGUGAUCAGUGUUGGUGUCGUGCAUGAGUGUAAGCAUGAAAUGCAGCGGUAUACUUGUUGGAUUUGUUGCUUCUUCUUCUUCUUCUUUUGUAUUUUGUAAGAAAAUUAUUAAUUGUGAUGUAGAGAACACACCCUAGGUUAGACAUAAUUCUUUGGUUUGUUUCUACAAUAUUUAAUAAUAAAAAUGCGUAUCAAUCCGUUUGUGAAGGUGUAAA